AUGAUGUUCCUCGCAGCUCUUAUAACGUUAUUCUUGCUGCUACGCUAUACUUCAGCUGCACCGCCUGCCGGGUUUCCAGGCGACGAGACUCCUUACCGAGUGAUCCCAACGGGCACUGUGUUGCCUGAUAAUAUCCUUGGAACAUGGCUCUAUGGUUAUAACGGCUGCAAAAAGAACUUCGGCGAAGGAGCCAAGGGCAAAAUUGACGACGCCUAUUAUGAUGCAUGGCUGAUAUCCAACACCGCAGGAGUAGCAUCAGAUAUCGAUUGGAACAGUGCUGCUGCACUGGAGUUUCUGGGUGUACCAGGGCUGAACAAACCUCAGCAAUCUCAGAUUCAGGCGGUCUUAGCAAAUACGGCAACGAUCAUCUAUGGCUCCCGCUUAAAUUUGUUCCCGCAUUAUAUCAAGGUCUGA